AUGUCUUCUUCAAAACCUCAAGUCGAGACGAUGGACUCCAAGGAUGUCAUCUCAGCUCAUGUCCAGAACAAUCAUGAACCAGUAGUGGGAAGACAAGAUCCAGUUGACCUCUUAGCCCAUGAUACAAAUAUCUACUUUACUGUUGAGGAAGAGAAGCGAGUCCUUCGCAUGAUCGACAAACGAGUGCUUCCUUUGAUGCUUGGAGCUUAUUUUCUCCAACAACUCGAUAAAUCCUCUCUCUCUUACACUUCCGUGUUCAACAUCCAAAAAGAUGCCGGGCUCCAUGGCCGCCAGUACUCCUGGCUAGGCUCGAUUCUGUAUAUUGCCCAGCUGGUGAUGCAACCACUAGGGGCAUUGCUCCUCGUCAAGUUACCCACUGGGAAGUUGAUCUCAACAGCCAUCUUCCUCUGGGGUGUCACCAUGUGCGGCAUGGCGGCUUGUAACAGCUUCAAGACAUUGUUUGCUGCCCGGUUCUUGCUUGGUAGCUUUGAGAGUUUGAUUGGUCCGUCUCUCGUUGCAGUGACCCAGAUGUGGUGGCGUCGAAGCGAAAUGACGAAUCGAACCUCAGCCUGGAAUGCUAUGAAUGGUAUAACCUCAGUGUUUGGCUCUCUUAGCACCUACGGGCUUGGGCAUAUUAAAUCUGAUAAGCUCCAUUCCUACCAAGUUAUUUUCCUAUACUGUGGUGGACUUACUCUGGUCUUCUCGGCCAUAGCUUUCUGGCUCUUCCCGGAUUCUCCCAUGGAAGCCAAAUUCUGGAAGGAAGGCGAGCGAGACAUUGCAAUCGAGCGUCUACGAGCCAACCAGAUGGGUAUCAUAUCCCGGAAAUGGCGCUGGGACCAUGUCGUCGAGGCAUUGCUCGAUCCAAAAUCGUGGUGUUGGUUCUUUCUUGUGAUGGCGAUCUCGAUUCCAUCAGGAGGGAUCGGCACCUUCGGUCCCUUGAUCGUUCAAUCAUUCGGCUUCGACAAAUUCCACACAAUCCUCUUCAACAUCCCAUUCGGCGUCGUGAACAUCAUCGCCAUCCUUGGCGGCGGUUGGCUUGCGACACGCAUCAAAAGUAAAGGCACCGUGAUUGCCAUCCUCGCACUCCCCUGCAUCACAGGAGCAUCCGUCCUCCUCGCCUUGCCCCGUGACAACGGCAGUAAAGGUCCUUUGCUAGUAGCGUAUUAUCUGACUUCGUUCCUGGCGGGGAUUACGCCGCUGAUCUACUCGUGGCAUAUUCAGAAUACCGCCGGUGAUACAAAGAGGAAGGUGACCACAGCUUUGGUUUUCAUUGGGAUGUGCGCCGGUAAUAUCAUUGGCCCACUUCUAUACUCUGCGGAAGAUAAGCCGUACUACCGAACAGGCCUCAUCUCCAAUCUUGCUAUGUUCUGCUUUGUCGAGUUCCUGGUUGGCUUCAUAAUGCUAUACCUCAAGUUCCUCAAUGCCCGCCACAGUCGCAUGCGUUCCGCCAUCGGGAAAUCUGCCCACAUCCUCGACGAGUCCAUGAUGAGGAAGACAGAUCUGCAGAAUUUGGGUAAGGGUGAUGUGCAGCAGAACACGCCUCGCGAGGAGGAUAAUGCAUUUGCUGACAUGACUGACCUGAAGAAUGAAGAUUUCAUUUAUGUUUACUAA